AUGUACCCUUCAACGUUUGUACUAAAGCGCCUAGUUUUAGUCCGUAUAUUGGCCGUGGUAGCCAUACAACUGUUCCUUAUACGCAGGGUUUCAUCCUUGAACAUGACCAAUGCAUAUCUCAACCACAAAUGUAUGGUAACUCAAGGGAAAUAUAAGCCGGGAAGUGCGUACGAGAAAACCCUGAAAUCUAUAAUCAAUUCCAUCGCUUCAACCAGUAACAAUAUCGCCGGUUAUGACAUGGCGUCCUUUGAAGGUCCUAAUAAUACCGUCUCCGCCAUCCUCCAGUGCCGCGGCGACUCAUACGGGCCUAAGUGUCGUGACUGCUUUGACUAUAUCAUUGGUCCUCCUCUCCUCUCCGCUCUCCGCAAAUACCAAGUCUCUGAAAAAGAAAUUAAGACGAUCUUCAGAAUUUUGACUUUUUUCAUUGGCCCUCCUCUCCCCUCGCCGUAA